AUUGAAUGACCUUAGGUUUAAAGCGGCUCGCGCGCGGAGUAGUUGGGAACAUUUUAAUCAGGAUGGAGUCACCUCAAGUUGCGGAAAGUGAUGGUUCUCUAGACAAAGUGGACGAUAGUCAUAGCGAAUCUCCUCAUAAAGAACGUAUCUCAGUCUCUGAAGAAGAGGUUAAACAGCUCGAACCCAUAAAUGGACAUGAAGCUGAUACUGGUGAGAAAAGACAACGUAAGAAGGUUCAGAGAUUAUCUGAAACAUGGAAUCGAGCCCAUGAGGCCAAGGAAGAGGAACGGAUCAAAGCAGUCCAAGCAGUCUCAGCAGCAUUUGAGGGGGCUACAGGAACGGCACUCGGUGAGAUCCCACUCAUUGAAGCUUCCAUACGAAAAGCAAAACCUGCUAGCCUCAAAUCACUGCAUUUAAUAAUAUAUGGUAGACCAGGCUCUGCAAGCAAAAUACGUAGCAAUCUACGCAAAUUUCGAGGUUUCGGUUUCGAAAUGGGUUCUGAACAGUACGAAAAAAAAUCAACAUAUAUCCAACAACGCCCUGCUUGUGAUCUACGCGAAGUUCUCCGCAUCUUAAACCUAGAAGUUACAGGUACUCGAGAACAGUUGGCCUCUCGCUUACUGGAAUUCCUACUCAAACCAACCGCUAAUUCUGUGAAAUGUAAAGGAAAGAUCGUUAAGAAAUAUAAACAAAAAAAUAAAUCUAAAGAUAUUACCUCUAAAAAAUCGAAAUCAAAACCAUCGAAAAAGAACACUGUCUCAAAUGAACCUAGCAUAGAUAAUUCAAGUCAGCAGGAUAUUGAUGAACCUGAUGAUAUGUCGUCUGAAUCUGAGAACUCAGAAAGUGAUAUAUCAGAUGCAGCUGAAUCAAUCGAAAAAAAGCAGCCACCAAAGAAACGUGCUUUAAGUCAACGACAAAAACAAAAACCUGUUAAACCUAGUAUUAAACGAGCUAAAAAACAUGAACUUAGUGAUACAGAAGAUGAAAAUGAUCAUAAACAUAUUCCGACUAAAAUGAAAAAAGAACUUGAUUCUGAUGAAGAAAAUGUUCCUCUGUCUAAUUUAACAUCCACAAAAGUAACUACUCCCCCAACUGAUUCUGAAUUAAAGAAAAAUAUAAUUGAUCUACUUAAAACAGUUAAUUUAGAAGAGACAUCUCUUAAAGUUGUUCGAGAAAAGGUAAUCAAAGUAUAAUGCGUUAUUAAAACGGAUCUUUUCUCCUUAUAUAACAUCUAUUGAUAUUUUGUUGUAUCACGAUAUGCUUUCGCAUUGGACGCUUACUUUUUUUGUUAGCUAGUAGCUUACAGUUUCAAACUUUAUUUUUGGUAAAUCGGUCAUAAGCAAUGUAGAACAUAGGAUAUACGUGUACGUAUCGGUUCAAGUUGCCAUGCUAUAUCUGGACCAUGAGAUAAAAUUACUGGGACACAUUUCAGAGUAGUAGAAGUAACAGUGGAACCAGUGGUGGUAGGAAAACUGAGACAUAAGCAAUAUGAUUCAGGUUGAAUGGAUGAUUUUGGGGAGUUAUAAGUUUGAAAUAACUCUCGAAUUCAAAAUCUAAAAGAAAAUCAAAGGUGAAUGCAUUUGCAUAGUUGCUAUCAAUUCUAAACCAUACCAUCCAAAGACUCCAGCAAUUGAUCACAAUGUUCACGAGGAAACCAAUCAUCAGUAAUUCUGUAGACUAUUACCAUAUCUUGGUUUGGUCGUUCUCAUACUUUAUUUUUCACAAAUCCAUGGUUUAAGUUACUAAAUACUAAUUUGUUUAGUUUUGGGCAUCUUAUCCCUAACUUUCUGACUGUUUUAUCAAGGUCUCCCACGAAUAACUGGAUCAAAUAUACAAUAUACCAUUUUAUGUCAUCAAGAUCCUGAGCGUUAACGAGGUCAUCAAAAUGAAUAUGUUGUAAAACAAUGUAAACUUAAAAACAGACUGAUAGAUCUCAACUAUUUUAUGGCCAAUAUCUACUAGUCUAUCAACAUUCGUUUGCCUUCUCCGGAGCACUAUUCAAGUAGCUAUUACUUAGGUAGAAAUAGUAGUUUUUUCUGCUUCCACGAAAAACAAUGAUAUUUUACAAUAAAGGGAGUGGAUUAAAGGUCACUAUUGUAAGUACUUAUUCUAGGCCUAUGGGGUAAUUUUGGAAUAAAGUAGUAAGAAUUCAAACUGGAUAAAUUUGAAACAAUGUUUUUGACUUAAUAACAGUUGUAAAAAAUUUUCGACGGUCAACCUAACACUUUCAGUAUCAAGGUUCAAUUAUACGAAAAAUGGUUGGUGUAUGAAACUAGUUUAUGUAGUAUAAUUUGACUUAGAAAUGAUAUAAACUGUACAAGGUGGUUGUUUGCAUUUCUCGGAUGUUUUUCGUCUUUAAGUAUGAUUGUUUUUUAAUGCUUAGAACAAGUGUUUAGCGAACUUGAUUCGAAUAACCUCAUUCAUCAUAAAAUAAAACGGCCUUUUUUUGUAACAAAGGAGUUAUGGUUUAUUGUCGAUCCUCUUGAUAAUGAAAUUUUACUAAUGGUUAUUAUAAAUGUUAGUAUAGAGCGUCGAUUAUUGUGUUCGUGUCCCGGGAUCUAUAACACACCGGUAAACGUUUAUUGAAAUGAAUUUUUAUUAGAAUUUUAUUUGUAUAUAUGUGUUAAUGUAUCAUUAUACUAGUGUAAAUAGUUAUUGCAUGUACAUUUCAAUAAAUAACGGAAGAUACAGUCAUGAAAACAUAUUAGUGUGCAUAACAUUUAUUGAAAAUACUUCUAACAUGUUCUCAAUCCAUUAACUAUCACCGACUGGUUGAAAAUAAGUUAAUCACUGUACUCUUAAACCUGAUCCAAGCGUCAGAUUGUCUGAAAUGUAUCCUAUUAACACUUUUUUUUUUGAAUUUCGUUUCCAGUGCUAUCACAAAGUUUAAAAGCUCGAACCAACGCAUUCUGUGCAAUGUUCUAUGCUAUUGUGUCUUAUUGUACAUAAGUUUAUGCAUGCUCCAUGUCAUGAUUAUUUCAGUUUUGUUAUAUGAAUUUAGUAAUGUAAUUGAUAUUUUGAGUCUUAAUUUUUGUUUCUUCCUGAAUCUAUCUCAUCAAAUCAAUCAUAUGCUUGUUUAUUAUUUCAUACAUUUUAGAUUUUUGCUAAUUAUCCUAAUAUUGACUUAUCUGAUCGCAAGGAUUUCAUUAAUUCCACUGUUAAAGAGUUCUUGGCUCAUUCUUGAUUUGAUUUAUUAUUGGUCGUAGAAGAUGUGAAUUGUGAAUGUACGCCAAUUUUUUGUUAAAUAGUAAUGGAUCACAUAUAUACAUAACGACGAUCAUGGUGUUCAUUCACACACAUCAUUUAUUCUCUAAUAUUAAUACCGGCAGCUGUAUUUUCUAACCGUUGAUCCACACACACACACAUUUUGUUUUACCCUUUUGUUCCUAAAUUUUAUAGCCUCCCAUAAGAUACCGUACUGGUGUUAACAUCAUUCUUCCGUACCCAUUUGGAUAUAUAUAUAUAUAUAUAUAUAUAUAUAUAUAUAUAUCUGCUAACUUGUAAAUUUUGUUUUUCCCUUUCACAUUAAAAUAAAAUAGACAAACAAUGCAUUUCUCUACGCUUUUUCAUUUGUAUGUUUUAUUCAUUCUCAUAUAAGUAACACCACUCGUUGUCGCACUAUCCAUUCUUCUUUAUUUGCGGAAAAUCAUUACCAUUACUAUUGUUAUCGUUAUUCUUCAUAUUAUUAUUACUAUUAUCAUUAUCAUCACCAUUAUCAUCUUUUUUAUAUUAUUGUAAGUGUAUGUGUAUAUGUUUAUGUAUGAGUGUACCAGCCUAUAAUGUGAAGAUUUUCUCAAUUCAUUAAUCAAGAAAAAAUAAACAACAACAAUUCUACUACAAUGUCGUACUUUACUUUAAAAUAAGAACUCACUACCAUUAUUAUUACUACUACUAAUUAUGAUAUUAUUGUUUUUAAUAAACUGAUAUUAUAUA